UUUGUUAUAUUUUUUAUUUUUUAUUUUUUUAUCCAAUAUAUUUGUUUAUGUAUAUCUUUUUAUUUUUUUCUUUAGAUAGUUUUGUUUAAAUAUAUAUCUUGUACAUUUAUUAAAUAAAAAAUAGAUAUUAUUUUUGUAAAUUAAAAACAAAAACAAAACCUUUUUUUUUUGUCCGAUUAUACACAUAUUUAAAUUUAAAUAUAUUAAAUCAUUGACUAAAUAUCUUUUUUUUUAAAAUAAAACAUUUAUAAAUAAUAUACAUAUAUAAAUAUACACACAUACACAUACACAUACACAUAUAUAAAUAAUAAUCAUUUCAAAUAUAUAAAUAUAUAAAUAAAAAUGUUAAGAAGUGUUAUUAUUAUUACAGGUAAAGGUACUUUGUUAUUUGAAAAAAUAUGGGUAUCAAGUACCCAAAUGGUAGGUAAAGGAAAUAUGUUUUCAUCACUUUUAACUACUGUACAAGAAUUUUCAAAACAAAGUACCGGUAUGUUUGUAUCAUAUAUUGAAUUUGGUGAAUCUGCAAUUACAAUUGUUUAUGAUGAAAAAACACUUUUAAGAUGUUGUUUAUUCCACGAUGUUGCAGAUGGAUCAGAGUUUGGUAAACUUAUUGCAAAUUCAUUAUUAAGAGGAUUUAUAGAAUUAUUUAGCGAUGUUGAUUUUAUUCAUACAACUGUACAUAAUGCUUCAAAAUUUAGUAGUUUUUCAAAUAAAAUUUAUGACGCAAUUUCAAAUUCACCCAAAUCAAUCGUUUUACAAUUAAGAUUAAAUAGAGGUAUUCAAAACUCGAUCGUCGUUUAUAAUGAUGGUAAAUCAAUUUCAUCAGGUGGAGCAGAAGAUCAAUUAGGUAUGACAGCAAAUCUUCAAGCAAUGUUAUCCUUUUCAAAUGAUUUAUUGUUAUCAAAAGGUGAUAGACCAAAAGAAAUAAUUUUAGAUACCAAUAAUAGCAAUGUAAUAAUAUCUAGAGUUGGACCUGCAUCAUUAAUUUGUAUUUGUAAAAAAAAUAAAGAUCCAUCAGUUUAUCAAAAUUCAAUUUAUGAAGCUGUUGUUUUAUUAGAUAAAGUAUUUUUAUUGUUAUCCUAUUUACAAGGUGGAUUAAGAUAA